CAGAGAGUAUAAUAUAUGUACAUGUAAGGACAACAAAAUUACAGUCUUGUUGGUGGUUCUGGGACUGGCUUCUGCGACAUGGUGUUGGAGUGGGUGUUCUAGUUGAGUGAGCUUGUUGAUGUGAGAUGUCGGCUGGUCUGGGCUAGAGACUGGGUCUUGUGGGAGGAAGGUCAGGUGGUUGUUGAACGUAACACUUUUGCUGAUGGUCUUGUUGUACUUGUUGAUGGAUGUAACUGCAUCAACUUCAUGUUGAUGUCGUAUCAGGUCUUUGAAAGGCAUUUAGAAGUGAUACUCAUAAGGAAGAAAAUAUAUGGAUCUCAACCUGUCGCUUUUCUUCCUGUUCAUGUCUGACCUGUCUUUAUCUAGAGAACAUUAUUUGUUUGUCAAACCCAUAUACACAACACUAAUACGUCCUACAAUUAAGUAUGUUUGCCUUGUUGUGGAUGUCACAGCGCAACAUCAUAUCUGUUAGCCUGUGGUGUUCUUGUCGGUCAUGCUUUGUGACAAACACACGAUCUUAAACAAUCUCUAUUCAUGGUUAUCAGAGCGCUGUAUUUCCCUGUGAGCUAGACAAACAGUUAGACUAUACUUCCUGGUGGGACGUGAGUAGGGUGGAGGAUUGUAGGGAAGGUGGCUGUUGUGCAGGCUUGCCCUUCAUACUGUUCAAAACUUAUUCGAGUACACCAAACAUAAAGGCCAAUGGACAAGUUGUACACAAUUACAGCUUACCUCUUCCUUGUCACCUGUAUUGCCACACACUGUACGGCCAUGUCACGGGGGACGACGAGCUCGGAAAGAGGCAUCGAUGCCGAUGGAUAUACGAUUCACAUUUACGGAAGGAUGGAAAGAUCUCAGGAGGUCAAAAUCAUCCACGUGAAUGUUACCAUCUUGGCAGAAACAAGCAUUGCCACCUUAUGUUUCUCGACAAAGUGCAAUUUGAACCAGCCUGUAUCCUUACAAGAGAUUACAAGUGACAAAUGCAAACAUGUCUGCCGACAAACCUGGUGCAAGUCAAAUGCUUUUUACAGGGCAACAUAUAACGUCAUGCUACACUGUACUUCACCACAUAGGGACCAAACAUGUGACAUGCAUCUGAUAAACGUGACUUUCACAUGUAAGGAUGGGAAUCGGUGGAACAGGACAUGCAUUGGCCUAGGUGAAUUGCCGCCCUGUUAUACAUCCAGACCGGAGACAUGCCCGGACAUUAUAAGAUGUGUCUGCGAGGCGGAAUCCAAGAAUUGCACGCCAACCACGACAUUAACUACUCCUGUGACAAAUGGUACCACAACCCCCGACACAAUCACAAGGACUACUACUAGCAGCGAACCCACCAUUACUACAUCCUCUGGUUCAGCCAGGGACACUACAGCUACUAAUACUACAGCAUCUGACACACCCGCUGGUACUACAACCCCUGUUUCAGCGAGCGGUAAAACAUCAUCCGGCACACCCGCUGGUACUGCAACCUCUGAUCCAGCGAGCGGCAAAACAUCAUCCGGCACACCCACUGGUACUACAACCCCUGUUUCAGCGAGCGACAAAACAGUCUCUGAUGGACAAGACAGAUCUCAGAUUGGAGUGCUCAUUGGAGGAGUUGUUGGAGGACUCUUUGGGGGCGUCGUUAUCACGGUUGUCAUCGUAUUCCUUAGUCGUGCAUGUCGCUCGAAUAGAAGACAUACAGAAGAUGAAGACGGAGCAGGGACGAAGGAAUCCCACACCUGUAUAGGAUUGAUUCACACCACCAGUUGCAGUGGUAAAUCCCCACCUGGUACAAAUGCGGUGAAAUCCCAAGUCCCGGAUCUCAUUAAGGUUUCAGCUGUACAACAAGCGUCCAGUGCCCCGUCAGAUGUGUAUGACGUCAUCAAAGAGGGAGACGACUACCAGCUGGGGGUGGAUCCUUCUGUCUGCGACCAGGGGGACUAUGUGGACAUAACUGAUGACAUGACUGGGGCAGCUGUGUAUUCCCUGGCACAAGCACCUCCCGUGAUGGCGGCACAGGGCGGUACACCACAACCUGCUGCAGAGUACUUCGUCCUGGAGAAGGAUGAUCCGACAGACUGCGACUAUAACAAAUUGGUCAGAGAUGGCGCUACUGAGACAGGAACUGAUGUACAGGGUACAUACAACCGACUGGGCAGAGAGGGCGCAACUGAGACUACAACUGAUGUACAGGGCACAUACAACAGACUGGGCAGAGAUGGCGCUACUGAGACAGGAACUGAUGUACAGGGCACAUACAACAGACUGGGCAGAGAUGGCGCUACUGAGACAACAACUGAUGUGCAGGAUACAUACAACAAAUUGGGAUCAACAAAAUAUGAUAAUGAUGACAACGAGCCGGGUAGAAACAUCGGGACAGCUGCUGAUUAUUUCGUCCUUGAGACACCUGAAGACACAUCCAACAAACUGGCACAAGCAGCCCCGGGGAUGGCGAUACAGGACGGUACACCACCAUCUGCUGCUGAGUACUUCGUUCUGGAGAAGGAUGACCCGACAGACGGCGACUACAACAGACUGGUCAGAGGUGGCGCUACUGAGACUACAACUGUUGUGCAGGGUACAUACAACAGACUGAACAGAGAGGGCGCUACUGAGACUACAACUGAUGUGCAGGGUACAUACAACAGACUGGGCAGAGGUGGCGCUACUGAGACUACAACUGAUGUGCAGGGUACAUACAACAGACUGGGCAGAGAGGGCGCUACUGAGACUACAACUGAUGUGCAGGGUACAUACAACAAAUUGGGAUCAGUGGCAGAUGACAAUGAAGACAACGAGCCAGCUGGAAACAACGGGACAGCUGCUGAUUAUUUCGUCCUUGAGAAACCAGAAGACACAUACAACAAACUGGAAGGGAAACGCUCUGCUGAGGAAGAACAAGAACCUUACACCAAACUUGGAGAGGCGACACCCAAGAGAGAAUCAGAACCCCCUGAUGAUCCAGGUGAACCUUCACGAGAGUACUUCAUUCUGGAGGAUCAGACUUAACCCCACAGUACAUGAUGUCCCCCAUUCAGAUAUGAUUUGAACUUCUUAACGAUGGAUUAUACAUACCGGUUGGCUCUAGACAAUGAAGAACACGAUUGGAACCUCAUUUCAUGUAAAGGAUACAUUUACCUGAGUUUAUAUCUUGUCCACAGAUGUCAGAUUCACGUUGACUGAAUAACCGAGUUGGAGCUGAUCGAUGUCCUUUGCCAACAUCUUUGGUGAUCACCUGACUGUCAUUCAACGGAAAUAUUUCAGUGACACCCAUGUGGAACCAUGGCUGCUGUGUUUGCACUUACUAUUAGACACAAAUCGGUUGAAAAUAUUUUGUGCGGAGUUGCGUCCCUUGGGCACGCUAAAAAGCUAUGGGCUCGAAUCCCGGUUCGCCCCGAUUGCUUCUUGGUUUGUCAGCACCAUACCCUUGCUCGUGGGUUUCAAAGAAGUGGUAAACGUCAGAGACCUGCAUAACUUCGGGCUUUACUCCCACAUUAAGCUGACACAUCGCGAUAUAACUGGAAAACUGUUAAAAGCGGCGUUUAUCACAACCCACUCACCGUUAACAUUUCAUGUGAUUAUCAACUCAUUCAAUAUGACACGCCGCGAUAUAACUGGAAUACUGUUAAAAGCGGCGUUAAACCCAACUCACUCACUCAUUCAACAUUCACAUGAAGUAGACAUUAACGUGUGCAAUGAUGUCUGUACACAUUGUGUUCCUGAUAUUCGUUUUGUUUCCGUUGAUCAGAAUGAUCGUUUUUUAUUUUAUUGUAUUCCCUAUAUACAUCCAAAAAAUAUGACACUGUUUCAUUUGAUAUAUGAUGAUGAUAUCUAAUUAAUAACCAAGCCCUUAUGUCACCUUGGCUCUACUUUAGGGCGUUACUGUUUUUGUUAUUUAACCAACUCUUAUUCACUAUCACCUCGAAUAAAUGUAUAUGAACACUGCACAUACAAAGCAAUAAAAUGUCCACUAUAUUACAAAUUAA